AUGGAGGCCUCGUGCGGCGGCGGCGGCGGUGGCGGCGGUCUGGUCCACAUCGACUUCCCGGAGAUCACCAGCGCGUUGUUGGCCAACCUCAACCAACAGCGGGUGGAGGGGAAACUCUGCGACAUCUCCAUCCACGUGCAGGGCCGGGUCUUCCGCGCCCACCGCGCCGUCUUGGCCGCUUCUUCCCCUUACUUCCACGACCAGGUCCUCCUCAAGAACAUGACCUCCAUCGUCCUGCCCAGCGUCAUGGAUCCCGGCGCCUUCGAAACCGUCCUGGGCUCGGCCUACACCGGCCGCCUCUCCAUGGCCCCCGAGGAGAUCGUCAACUUCUUGACGGUGGGCAGCGUCCUCCAGAUGUGGCACAUCGUGGACAAGUGCACCGAACUCCUCAAGGAAGGCCGAGCCGCCCCGGCGCUGCCGGCCCACUCCAGUCGCACCAGUGACAACCAGUCCCCCAGCAGCAGCAACUACUUCAGCCCCCGCGACGCCGCCGAGGGGAACGACCCCCCCAAAUACGCCCCGCGGGGGGUCCCCGAGGAGGUGGGCAAAGGGGGGACGGGGGACCUGCUGGAGGGGGAGGAAGGCAGCGAGGACGGGGACGGCGCCCGACGGCCCCUCUACGUCCAACCCAGCAUCGUCCCCCAGAAGCAGUGGGUCUACGUCAAACAGGAGUGGCUUCAGGAGGACCUGGUCCUCACCUGCGAGGAGGACGAGGACCCCGUGGAAGGACCCGCCCGGACGGAUGGACCUCCUCGAGGCUGUGCCACCGCCGCCGUGGUCCCCCCUCACUGGGUUCCAUCACAUCUGGACAACUGGGUCCCAUCGUGCCUGGACAGAUGG